UAGCCCUGCAAAAAUGUAAUACCACCAUGUGGGAAAUCUCAUGGGAUUAACGUCUAUAACGCGUUUAUCAUAAUCUUUGUCCCAUAGGUACGAAUAAUGAAUCUCGUUGCUUUCUCUCCUUCUUUUUGUGUUUUUAUCAUGGAGGCGAGAGCAGAAAUGUAAUGCUUCUCACGCCGCUCUGCCCCUCCACGCGCCACAGUCUGCCUGCCUCUUAACAUGUGGCUGGUGCUCUCACCGCCGCCUCCAGUCACUUCAGCAGCGACGUGAGGCGCUGUGAUACGCGCAUCGCAUGCCUCCCUCUCCCCCCUCAGCCCAGGCUCUGCUGUUCAGGCUGCAAUUAGGAGCUGCUGUUUGUUCUAUCUGAUUCUCUGUGUCACUCUCCACAUCAGGGGCCACAGAGCAGACUCCAACAACAGGAGAGGAAAGGGACUAUAACAGGAAACGUGACCAGGGGAACUGGGCUGAUCUCUGUGGCCACUGGGCUGGCCUGGAAGUCCUGAGUGCUCCCCUUUGAGAAGAGAAUCAGACAGGUCCACAGCCAACAGCUAACAAUACUACUGCUCUUACACCUAGGAUCUACUUGUGACUUAUACGCAUUGGACGAGCUAAAAAGGAAGAGAUCUGAAAAUAAUUCAUCUCUGAUGAUGAGACAGUCUGCAUGGAGGCAGAUGACUGGGCCAGAGAUGUGGAUGGGUCUCUUUGCCUUGGCCCUGACCCUCAGUCUAACCAUGGCUGAACAUAUGGACCAGAGGCCAGCACUCCAAACCAGCCCAGUUCUCCACAGGCACAAGAGAGAGUGGUUGUGGAACAACCUUUACGUAGAGGAGGAAAGGCCAACUGACAAACAAUACUAUCUUGGAAAGUUAAAGUCAACUAAAUCUGGUGACAGGACACACUAUGUCAUUGAAGGAGAUGGUGCCAACACAAUCUUCAAAGUGGAUGAAAAAGGACACAUCUAUGUCGCUGAACGAUUGGAUCGAGAGGUGAAAAGCAAAUACCAUCUAAGGGCCAAGUUGUUUGAUACCAGCAACAACCUGGUGGAGAAAGUGGAAGAGUUUGUGAUCCUGGUUACUGACAUCAAUGACAACGACCCAGUGUUUACUAAAUCGUUCAACGCUUCUAUCAAAGAGAGAUCCAAAAGAGGAACUAAAGUGAUAGAAGUCACUGCCACUGAUGCAGAUGAUCCAACGACUGCAAAUGGAGAACUUGCUUACACAUUAUUAGAGGGGGGAGAUUUCUUCAAUAUAGACAGCACAACAGGGAUUAUCACCACCAAGUAUGAGAACCUGGACCGUGAGACCCAGAGUAGCUAUGUGGUUGUGGUUCAAGCCCAGGAUCUGAGAGGACUUAAACAAGGGGGCACUGCCACCACCUCUGUCACCAUCGCAGUCAGCGACAUCAAUGAUAACAUAGCCACGUUUACCAAAAGUUCCUAUGUAUUUAGUGUAAAAGAGGACAUGAAGCGGGGACAGAGAAUAGACACCAUAGUCCUGGAGGACAGAGAUGAGAUCCAGAAUAAAGACCCAAUCGUCACCAUAGAACCUCCAUCUGACAUCUUUGAAAUGGAGCGCAGUCAGAUCAAAGAUGGCAACCUCAUGCUGAAAAAGGGACUGGAUUAUGAAACCAAGAGCAGCUACACGUUCUUUGUGCAUGUGAAGGAGAACCACUUGCAGUCCCCUGCGGAUAAUAAGGACAAUCCAGUGAUCAAGGCCCAGGUGACCAUCCAGGUGAUAGACGUUGAUGAGCAGCCAGAAUUCAGCAAGAGCAUCUACAACUUUAAUGUGAUAGAGGAAAUGAUGGUCAAUAAUAUUGGAGUCGUUUCAGCCAGAGAUCCUGAUAAAGCCAACAAGGCCAUAAGGUAUUCCAUUGAGGACAAGAACAGUCCCAUUGGUAUCAACCCUGUAACUGGACAACUUUUCACAGUGAGGAAGCUGGAUCGGGAGCUUGUAGCCAAUCACAUGUUCCAGGUUAAAGCUAAGGAGGAACCAAACGGACUGGAAUCUUUUGUGAAUGUCAACAUACUGGUCAUUGAUAUCAAUGACAACAAACCAGAGCUGUCCAUUGAAGAGAUAUUCGUUUGUGAAAAUGAUAUGGCUGGCAUGGUGAUUGGGACCAUAAGUGCGACAGACAAAGAUGAUAAUUUGCCCGCAUUCAGCUUCACAUUGGUGAAGCCGAACGGCAACUUUUCAGUCAUCGAUAACAACGACAACACAUCUAACAUAGUCCUGAAACAUGGAGGCUUCAGCCUGGAGGACUCCAGGGAUUAUGUAAUAGAGAUUGGGAUCAGCGAUGGAGGCAGGCCUCCCAUGAGCAGUAUCACCUCUCUGCCUAUCAAAGUGUGCAGGUGUGACAACAAGAGGAUCCACACCCAGUGCAAAGCAGCCCAACUCAAAAUGGGUGUGGGUGUCUACACCCUGAUUCCUAUACUGUGCAUCCUGACUAUUCUGGUCAUAGUGAUCCUGAUCGCUAUGAGAAAGCGUCACCAAAAGGACGCCCUGGUCACUCUGGGUAAGAGUGAGAUCCACGAGCAGCUAGUGACGUACGACGAGGAGGGUGGUGGGGAGAUGGACACCAACGGCUACGACGUGUCCAUCCUGACCUCAGCUCGGAAUGACGGCAGCAUGAGCGUGAGGCAGGGCCCCAGCCUUUACGCCAUGGUGAAGAAACCACCAACUGCGUGCAAGGGAGACAUGGCUGUGAUGAUCGAGGUGAAGAAAGAUGAAGCUGACCAUGACAGGGACGGGAUUCCCUACGAUACCCUGCACAUCUACGGCUACGAGGGGCCAGAGUCCCUGGCUGGUAGCCUCAGUUCCCUGGAUAGUUCAUCCACUGGCUCUAGCCUUGACUAUGACUUCUUAAACGACUGGGGCCCUCGCUUCAGAACCCUGGCUGAGCUCUACGGGGUAGAUGGGUCUGAGGGAAGUGACUCCCUAUAUUGAGCACACUGAGCCUAAAGACCAGCAGGCAGGACGUCUCUCAGCUCUCUCAACUCUUCCUUUGACUAAAAGCACAUCAGGAUUAACUUCUUCCACUAAUCCGUCCAAUCACAGCACACUAUGAUAGGGUCCACUCAAGCGUGUGGACCCUCAAUAAUUCUCUCUUCUUCUCGUUCUUUUUCCUCUUCUUCUACCCCCUGUUCCGCCUCCUCUUAGCCUUUUACCUCUCUUUUCUUUUCUUCUUCUUAUUAUUAUAUUAUUAUUUUUAAGAAACUGUAUUUUUAUUUCCUUUUCUUUCAUUUGAUUAGUUAUUCGUUUUUAUCAGAUUACACACACAGAAAUCUGUAUACCUUCAUUUUGAUUGAUUGUGGGUUUUUUUUAUGGUUGACUAAACCAACUGUAGCUAUGUAGUGAGAGGUGGGUCCUUCAGUGAGUCAUAGUGGCAUACUGAGUUGUCUUUCAGACAGAAUGACCCUUCUCAUCAGCAGCUACUAUUGCCCAGGGAGCCCGGCAGGAAGCAAUGAUAACAGAAGCUCUGAAAGAAUUAAAGUCUAUUCCCAGUUUAUUUGACAGGACUCAUCAACACAUCAAUUGUUGUGGAUAAAGCCCAAGUCUCUGAGGUCCUCUGUAACAAAAGUAAUACAACCAACUCAGGAAAUGUGAAGUAGCUCAAUAGUCCUUUGGAUGACAACAAAGUUAUCUGAAUUACUUUAACCUUUUAUCCUAGAGCUACUGCUUCAACAUACUGCUUCAACAUACUCCUUCAACAUAGUGCUUCAACAUACUGCUUCAAUAUUCUUCUUCAACAUACAGCAUGUGCUUCUGCUCCAUUUACUGAAACAGCUUAAUAUAAUGAGGGCAAUCUACACAAGUUCAAGUUUAUCAUUAUCGCUAUUGUCCUUCUUGACUGAAGACAUAGCAAAAAGAGAGCAAAGGUUUUCUUCUGUUUGAAUUAUAUUUAGAAUGUGGACUGUUUGUUGUAUACAUUUACAUUUUUGUCAUUUAGCAGACGCUCUUAUCCAGAGCGACUUACAGUAGUGAAUACAUAGAUUUCAUUUUUUUUUUGUACUGGCCCCCUGUGGGAAUUGAACCCACAACCCUGGCGUUGCACACACCAUGCUCUACCAACAGAGGCACAGCAAGCUUUGCCUACUUGGGACCACUUCUCAUAAACCAUGGAUACAAUGUGUGGAAGCCAUCUUACCACUUCCUUGUCUGGAUCAUAUACAUGGAGAGCUGGACCCCCAUCCUUUUUCAAACACCAUAGUCCGCCCCUACACAUUGCCCAAACAAAACACUGGAAUCAGCUUCCUGCACAUAUGUGUGUGAGGAAGCCCUCUUCCUGUCCUGUUAUCUUUUAAAGUAAAACAACACAUUGUGGCUCGCUUCCUGUUUUCCUGCCUGGGAAAAACCUUUGGAAAGGGACAAAUAGAUGGAGAACAAUGUAAGAGCUAUGAUGACUUUAACAACAGGCAACAUUUCAUUUCUGUGUCGACCAUCUACCAAAGAUCAGUAUGGUGAAACCUCGGUUUACAAUAGUUGCCACUGGUAAACUGUGCUGUAAUGUUAUGUCUCCAGGUCUUUCUAUAUAACAUACCUGAUCUACUUCGUUCCAUGCUAUUAAUGAUCUAUUCUAUUUCACAAGCUCUUACUGUUAGUGGUGCUCUGUAUAAUUAUCUGUAAACCUUAUGAACUAUUUUUCAAUGGCAAUAAGUAACUUGGCAAUACGGUAUUCAUGUUAUCGAGAUUGUGAGUACUGGAAAUAUAGUUGUCUACACUGUAUAUAGAAAAUGUGCCUGAAUAUGGACAUUGGCCUCACUUCCUUUUGCGUUAUUUCAAAAUGAUUUUACUUGACACUGGUCUUUGUCUGCUGAAAGUGUAAAAUAUGUAGUUUUUUUUAGACUUGUAGUGUAAUUGAUGUGUAAUUGUGCAUUGAUUGAUACUGUAUGUAUGUGUGAGUCUACCUGUGUAAAUUCACUCCAUUGGUUGUCAGUAUUGGGCACCAAAAUGAGAAGAGAAAACAUUCAAAUGCAUUCCUUUCGUAUGCAGCUAGAUCAUUCUGUAGGGGAGCACUAUGUGCCUUGGUUUAUGAUCAUUCUCUCGAUGGUGAACACAAUAUUUUCUAUGGUUUGUAUCGUGUAAAACAACAACAUUUUUAUUAAGUACCAAUUUUGUAUGUGUAAAAUAAACGUAGCACUCAAAUGAGAAGUACAAAAAGUGAGCUUUAUUGUUUCAAAAAAAUGCAAGAAGGAACAGAGUAAUAUUAUGCUGAAUUGAAUUGAACUAACUUCAUUAGGAUAAUAUAGCUUUGAUACUUGCUUUAAGCCAUGGUCCGUUCUAAGUUUUGGUUUCUGUGUUUUGCUGUAAAAUAAAGAACAGUAUCGUAAUGCC